UCAAUUUUCAGGUUUCGUGAUUGUAAGGCUAUUGUUAAUCUUCUAACUUAGUGAUUAUUGCCUCUAUUCUGUGAUAAUUAAACAAUUUCUUAUAUCGAUUAUGUACUACUUUAUUAAUUACUAAUUGCUUUUCUAAAGAAAGAAAAUGGAUCAAAGUAAUCGUAUCAGGAGAAAUGAUUUAGAUAUAGAUAGUUUUCGGAAUGAUGAACCAGGUUUUGAUAGGGCACGAAUGAGAAGACAAUCAGGUGGCUUCGUGGACUUAGGGAAUGAAUCACAAUAUGGUACUGGUGGACAUCAAGCUUCUGGAGCAAAUGAAAUUUUUGCCGAUAUACAGGGUGAUAUCCCAUGGUGGAAAUCUAACUUUUUUAUAUCCCAACCUGUUCUAUUUGGCACUUGGGAUGGAGUAUUUACAUCAUGUCUGAUUAAUAUAUUUGGUGUUAUUGUAUUUCUUCGAUCGGGAUGGAUUGUGGGACAAGCUGGUCUGGUUAAUGCUAUUUUUAUAGUAAUUUUUACAGUUUUCGUAGCACUUAUCUCAGUAUUAUCAGCAGUAGGUAUAUGUGAAAGAUGCAGAAUAGAAAGUGGAGGAGUAUAUUUUUUACUCGCACAUACAUUAGGAUCAAGAAUGGGUGGAGCAUUGGGAAUGAUUUAUUGUUUUGGACAGGCUGUUGGUUGUGCGUUAAAUGUAUUUGGAUUUGGUGAAUCUAUGGCAAGCCUUGUGGGAACUGACAAUACUUGGGCAGCCCGUGGUUUUGCUGUAGCAGCUGUUCUUUUACUUGGCACUAUUAAUGUAGCUGGUGUCAAAUGGGUGAUAAAGCUACAAUUUGUACUUCUUCUUAUAAUACUAUUAGCUGCCCUUGACUUUUUUGUGGGGUCAUUCACUACAUUACCUGGUGAGGAAUUCAAAGGUUGGCUCAGUGGAACUAUGGCCAAUAACACAUGGUCAAAUUAUCAGGAUAACUACACAUGGUUCAAAUGUUUUGGGGUAUUCUUCCCUACUAUAACUGGAAUAUUAGCAGGUAUCAAUAUGAGUGGCGAUCUAAAGAACCCUUCUAUCAACAUACCAAAUGGCUCAUUGGCAGCAAUCAGCACUGGGACUUUUCUAUAUCUAAUGUUUAUAAUAACAUUAGCAGCAACAGUCACCCGAGAAGGAUUAUUGAAAAACUUCUCUAUUACGGCUGACAUAUCUGCGUUGAAAGUAUUACUACUUGCGGGAUUGUACGUAAGCUCCAUGAGUUCGUGUCUGGGGGCUAUGUAUGGGACACCACGUGUUCUGCAGAGCAUUGCCAAUGAAAAAGUGAUACCUGGACUUGAAAAUCUUGGUUAUGGGAGAGGGCCCAACAAGGUGCCAAUCUAUUCAAUGGUGGUAGUAGCAAUAGUUACGGUCACCUUCAUCAUUAUUGGUGAUAUAAACAAGCUCGCACCCAUCGUCACCAUGCCUUUUCUUAUCACCUACGCUAGCAUAGAUUAUUCUUACUUUGCUCUCGCCCAAACUUUUGAUUUGCAACACAAACGUGAAAUGAGAUUCCAAGGUCAAAUGCAGCGUGAUACUCACGUCUAUGGUGCUACUGGCAGUGAUCUAGACCUAUUAUUCCCCGAAAGGAUUAGACAUAAAAAUGUUGGCGACUUCACACCAUCUCCAACUGACUCGGCAAUAAUGAAUGGGCGAGUGUCAAACGGAGACGCUCGUCGACCUAGCGUCAGUGUUCAUUCGAAAAACACGAAUUGGUAUUCGCACCUAUGUAAUAGGUGGCUAUCUUUAGUUGGGGUUGCCAUAAAAGUUCUCUUAAUGUUCUUAGUGCAUUGGGCGUACGCCCUUGGUUGCCUGUCUAUUCUGUGGUUACUAUGGUUAUAUAUCGGAGCAGCAAACCCUGCCGUGAAACCUGGUCGAGCAUCAGAAUUUCGCUUCUUCUACUGGCUGCGAAUAUCAUUUUUACAGGCCAUUGGAAAGCGGCCUCUAGAAUACGAGCAACUUGUGGUGACACCCGUACAUGCAAACAUCUCUCUGGAGCAAGAACGACUCAACGACGAUAACGAGGACUUCGCAUCGCGCCGUCGCUACCACCAGUCUACCGCCUUGCAAACUCAUCUCGUCAAUAUAGAUAGUUAGUCCUAAUAAUUAUCAUCAUCACAUCAGCUGUUUACUGUUGACUGCUAAACAUAAGCCUACUCCAUAAGGGGGGGUUUGCUAGUAAGUUGCAACGCUUGGCAGACGGGUUGGCAACCGCAAUUAGGCUUUGGUGAUGUUUUAAGAGGGACGCUGCUGUCCAUCCUUCGACCACUUAGUUUCCUUAGUCACCUCUUACGACACCUACAGAAAAGAAAGUGAUGGCCCAUUCCAUGCCAGGACCACACGGCUAUCUAAUAAUUUAUUAAUAAUAUAUGAACAUGCAAUGUAUAAUACCUGUAUCCUAUAGACUACAUCAUUUUUAUAGUCUGUUUCACUAUAUAUAAAAUACGUAACGUGUCACAGUGUUUGUGGUCGCACUCCUCUGAAGCGACUUGACCAAUUUUUAUGAAUUUUUAAUGUAUUUUAGUAGGGUAGUAGGAUAUAUAUUUGUAGAAUCAAGACCACAAACUGUUUCCAUCUAGAACAAUUUUGUCCAUAACACAAACAGUGUAUAUGAUACGGACCUGUACAAGAUAUAGGUAUGUUUUGUACUGUAUAAUACACAAUAUCGUUACAUAUUGUUUAAAUAACAGAGUAGAUAAUUAAGGCAAUUAGGUAUGAAAUUGUUUAACUUUUAUUUAGCUGUUAUCUAAUGAGACAGUGAAUGCUAAAUACUGACGACUGAUUGACUAAAGCUUAUCAUAAAUAAUGCAUUAAAUUAUGAUUAAAUAUAAUUAUGAUUUGUAUAAUAUUGUAUUAUAGCUAUUUUAAUUUCUGUCUAAAGAUAUUAAAUUAAUUACUUAUUUAUUUCGUGUGUACUAAUAAUACGUGUAUUUUAAUGCAUGUAAUUUUGACUUACAAUAAUUAUGAAGAUUGCAGCUCUAUAAUUUUACUAUAAUCAAAUAAUUAACACCUGUUAAUGAAUUUUUUUUAAACGGAAAAAUGUUCCGGUUAGAGCACACAUAGGCAAGCGUUUAUUUCAUUCACUUGCAUUUUUCUACAUUACUAAAUUAUUUAAAUAGUGAUUGAAACAGUAAGAGUAAAUAAAAUGGCUAGUGUCUGUCAUUUGCACCGCUGUUAUCGACGCUGUAUUAUCUGUCCUUAGCGUUAUGAAAGCGCUACGACUGUCAUUUUUUAUGACGUUACUAUUUUAAAUUGUUAAUAUUUGUUAGAAAUGGAUUAAAACAGAUAAAAUUAAUAAUUUCAGCCUAUAUAUUUGUAAUAUGAGACAUCAUGGACUGUUUCCUCUUUUUGUAUCAUUAGUGAAUUUACGCUUUAAAACCACGGCCUUUUGAAGCUAUAAAGUGAAUUUAAGCGCGAUUUUCAACAACUGAAAGCAUUUACGUAACGUUAUUUGAAAGUGAUUAAUGGGCGGUGGUUCUAAUUAGCGCUACACGCUAUACGCUACACUUACUUUACCUACAUUAUAAUAAUAAUAUCAUUGGUUUCUAUACUUCUUUUAAUCUAUACGUUGAAGUACUGCCAUUUAAUAUAGAAUACAAUUGUAGUCUAGCCCCAAAUGCUCUAUUUCACAUUGAGUGGAAGUAAUGUGCACAGAGAAGGGAAGUGCAAACAUGAAAUAAUACUAUAAAACAGAUUUCACAAUAAUAAUAACAAAUACCACAGAAUCACCCGUUUUUCAAGCUAGGACACCAUGUUAUUAUCCUCCAGACAACAUCUGAUGGCACAACGCACAACACCCAAACCCGAGUUAGUUCCAAAAAGUUCAUAGCAAUGUUUUAAUAAAAUUGGUUACGGUACGUGGCUUUACACAAAUUAGACCCUCACUUUGAAUCCUCUAACAGGUCAAUUCAGAAAACUAACGUUUCCAGAUUGGCUCAGAAACCGGAUGUUCUGAGUCGUCCCCAGAUGAUUAUUGUUUGGUUUCUCAUAAAACAAGGUACCCUAACAUGAUUCCAUUUUAUGGCAUUUAUUAUUACUAUUAUUAUUCUAGUACCAUUGGAAUUAUUUAAUUUAUUUAUAAAUAAGAUGUUGAAAGUGACAUUUAUUAAAAUUUAUUUAAAACAAUUUUAGACCAUAUUGAGAUUAAACCUUUUGACAUCAUCAGAUAAAAUAUGACCUAAUUGAGUUAUAAAAGUGUUCAUGCACAUCGCCUUGCGUUUUACAAUUGUAUACUAAAAUUUAAAACAUUAUUAUUCACUUAAUUUCGAUCUCACUUUUUAGUAGGUAUUAGAUGAUAAAAAUAUUUUGCAAAGAAUGCAACACAAUACGUACUCAUUAGUUGUGAUAUUUGCGUGCAUUUAUAUUUACAUAGUUUCGUGAAUAGAACAGUUAUUGUAUAAGAUAAUAAAUGUUUCAUGAACUUGCAUGCAGGGCUCAUUUAUACUGAAUACACCUAAUACUACUAAUACCUGAGAGCUGAAUUACUUUAUCGUCUAUUAUCCGUAUUCGUUAAAAACUAAAACUUCUACUUUGAAAGCAACAAUAAAGAGUUUUCAUUCUUUCUUUCACUUACAAGCCUAAAUUAAUUAUUACACUGUUUUGUUACUUUCAUUCAAACGGAGAAUUUAAUACAAAAGAAAGAGACAAAACAAUUCAAUAGCUAAAAUAGGUUUAUGAGAGGUUUGACGUCUUUAUGAAUAAAAGUGUAAGAGUUACUUUAAUCUUUAAUUAAGAAAUACUAUAUAUGUAUUACAAGUGGUAUGUUAACUAAUUUGGAAAACCAUUCCACAUAACACUAGUCUACUAUUGUCAAAUAAAUAUAUAUUGCCUUAAAGUAACUGUAAUAGAAGUCUUGCAUUGUUCUUUGGUCAAACUGCUUACAUGCAUCAUGGCAUGGCAUUAUAUCAAACCUUUAUAUACAUGCCAAGUCAAUGAUAUUUUCUGACAUUAUGCUUAAUUUUGAUAUGAAAAUAAAAUAUUUAUAUUAUUAGGUAUUUUUAAUCAAUUGCUUUAAUAAAGUUCGAUUGGUAGAAAAUACUGAGCAAUUAAUCAUUACCAUAUUAUAUUUUAAUAAAAGUAAAAUCUACCUAUAGCUAACUAAAUAUGCAUCUCCAUCACCAUUGUAAAAAGCAUUUAGUCAUUUUAAAACAAAACGAGUAAUUAAUUUAUGAUUGUAAACAAUAUACAAGGUAAAAUCAUUAGCAAUACGUAAAACUAAGAAUCUUUAAGGACAAAAAUUUUGAAAAUCAAAAUUCUUCAAAACUAUUUUGACAAAAAGUUUAACAUAGUUCUGCAACUCAGCAUCUGAUAAGAGUAUUUACUUCUUAAGUGUGGAAGUUAGUAAAUACCAUUAAAAUCGUUAAUUUUAUCUAUGACUAGACUUUAAUUUUGUAUAUGUAUUAUUAACUGAAAAACAGGUAAUAAUUGUUUGAUUUCUUUUAGGAUGAUCUUAUACUAAUAAAUAUUUGAAAUUAAAAUCGAGUAUUGUUUUAUAAAAUUAAUUUAUUAUUGUUUAAUAGGUGUAUAUAAUAAAAUCCAUUAAAUAAUGCAAAACAGUAACUAUUAAUUUUAUAAUGUUAUUUAUUUUAAUAAAUAAGGUCAUUUUUAUAAUAAAUAAUUUGAUACUA